AAAACAGCACUGAUGUAGAGAAAGUUUUAAAUAACAUCAGAAAACAGCAAGAAGACGAGCAGGAUUCGAAAGGUGACUUGAAAAAAGUUACGAAAAUGAGCGAUAAAGAGAGGACAAAUAUGAAGGGAAGUGCUGCACAAGACGCCGUGGAAUCUAAUGAAGGAAAGAAUAGACGAGAACAGCUGAAUGAAGAAGCUGGUUCGAGUAAAGAUGAUGAGAAAGACACGAAAACUCAAAUUGAUUUUGAGAUGAACAAGCCUUGGCCUCCUCUAUUGGCCGAGUUUACUGGUAAACCACGGUCAUACAGUGACACGUCACCACGUCGUGAGAUCAUCAAAGCAUUGACAAAAGGAGACAUUCGUUCUUGUACUAGCUACAUGCACCUCCCACACAUCAAGCAUCUAACGACACUACAUGACUCAACCUCUUCUCCUCAUCUACACCAGUCCUUUAGUCGUAUGCAUCUACCAACCCAUGAUCAAGACAAUGAUGUCCCUACCAUCUCAGUAAUAGCACUAGCAGAAGCACGUGAUAAGGAUGGUACUGAUGACGUCAUAUACGAUGAUGAUGACGUUAAAGAUCUAUUUGUACCUUUGGAUGACGGUGAAGACUCAGAGGAGGUUCGCGAGGAGGCGAUAUACACGUGGGACAGAGAGUAUGGACGUACAAGAUCUUUAUCAGAACCACCAGAUUUGAAUUCCCUGUCAGGCAAGAAAGAAGUUGAUGGACAACGUCCUCGGGCCAUGAGUCUGGAGAGUGCUGAAAAAGCAAAGAAACCUCCCGCGAGAAUGCAGUUCCAAUUGACUCUUGAAGAACUCGCAGAAAACCAGAAGGAAACAGAAUCAGAAUCACCCACAGAACAAUCAGAACUAGAACCAGAUCAACUAGACCAAGAUCAUCUGGACAAGUCCUCUAUUCUUGUGUUGGCUGAGAGUGGGGAUUUUGAGAAUGAUUCGAGUCUAACUGACAGCCACGUGAAGGACAGCGAUUCACAAGACGAGGUGCUAACGCGAUGGACCAGAUACGAAGGCCAUCCAGUAAAGAAACCAAGUUUCUGCGCAGAUCUGAGCACUAUCGAUGAGAACCUUGGAGAAGGAGGGGGGCCGCCUAAAGAAAUAAUUGGUGGACGAUCGGUACUGCAGUUAGUUGAUGAAGUCACUAAGAAUGUCAUGUCAAAUGAAAAUUUGGUGAAGGGAGUUCAGGCUGACAUCCAUUUUAGGGCUGAGGUUGAGGCAGAGAUUGAAGAUGAAACCUUCUGGACAAAUAAAAAGUCGCCUCGGUUGGGCAUGCGCAGAGUAACGCUGGCUACCGCCUCACCAGCACGCGAAGCACAGAACUAUGCAACUGAUAUCGAGCGAGAGGCAUUCAACAAGAUUAGCCAAUGGAAAACGGAUUUUGCAGUCAAGCUUGAAGAUGUUCUUAGCAAAGGAAUCGAACAAAAGACAGAAGAUAAGCAACAGAAGCCUCUGGUUGUAAAUGUGCCAAUGAACUUAAGUGACAUCGAGCUUAGAGGCUUGAAGGGAGAUUUGUUGUCUGAAUUAAGAAGGAAGUCUAACGCGGAUGCGCGCGGGACAACCGCAGCAUCUAAACGUACAUCACCAGUGGUGUACCAUUCAAGGUCCCCUGAUGCAAAGAAGGAGGUUGCACAAGACGCAAAUGCCUUGUCUAGUAACGCGCAUUUCGAGAAUCCGCCUGUACAGCUUGAUAACAUAGCCAUAACUAAGGACAAAAUCAUUGAACUACUUCAGUGGCAUGACCGAGAAAGAGAGCGUCUUUUACUGGAGAUGAAGAAAAUGCAAGUGUCUCGUGAAUAUUUGGAGACGCCGAGUGCUUCAGCUCAGGUUGUGCUGGAAAGUACAGGCCUUGAGAGUGUAUUCUGUUCUUUACAAAUCAUCAUGGAUUCCAUCUUCAAGGAAACUAUCUUGCGCUUGAGGGGUCAACUAGACAGUGAUUCGUUAGAGGGCAAGAAGUCUGAUGAAAGAGAUGUAGGGCGUUCUGAACAACAGAGCAGAGUUGGUCGGUUCUCUCCGACAAAAGAAAAAGAAAAAGAACGACAGAAGAAAGCGAAAAUGGCGGGGAAACGUACCCAGGGAUUUGCUGCUUCACAACAAGCUGAACUAGAAAAACAAAGUACAUUUGCAAAGAAGAAAACACACGAAAGUAGAAUCCUUGAGUCAAUGAACGACAAAAACACGGGGGAAAACACAGGAACCAAGACAAAUCAGGUGAAGAUUUCUUCUGGUACUCAGGACAAGCCUCGGUCUCAUCAAGCCACGCAUAAAAAAGAGACUGGCGCAAAAUCUUCUUCACUAGUUCACGUCCAUACAGCGAGUUUUGCUGAGCAUAUGUGUCAUCAGGACACUUGUGCAGGAAUGGCGGAAGAAAGCUCUGCAAAUUCGUGUGAAUGUGACUCUGCGUCUGAUGAGAUGGAAACGACAGAAAGUGAAGAUGAAGACGAUGAAACUACUGGAAUAAGUGGAACAGAUUUGGGAGAACAUUAUGACUCUUCUGAAUUUCUAUUCGACAAUCUAGCGGGAUAUCGACCUGAGGUAUUACCUGGAAAAAGCUCGACUAAUGACACGGAUGUUAUUCCAACUAGUAGCACCAGUAUCCCUCGGGUGAAUUCAAGCUCGUCUCCACUCACAUCUAGAGAUUCAAGCGUCUCUGAUAAAGCAGAGAAAGACAGCCUGUCGUCAGAAGAACUAGAUGAAGAAGAGCGCGGCGACGAGUUGGAUUUUGAAGAGAGCGAUGCUUGUAGCGAAAUAGCGGAUUUAUUAGGAGUUUAUCAAGUUUACAACGCAUCAAAUGAGCAUGACAAUGAAGUACUCUCCAGACCGCACGCACCAGAACUAAUGACGUAUGAAGAAAAGGAUAUGAAAGAUAAGAUGAAUAGACAAAGAAUACGGUUGAAUGGAUACAAAAGGAUCGUUCAUGGUUUUAAGACGAAGAAUAAGCGAUUGAAAGAGGAACAACUUCAUCUAAGACGACAGAUACACGAGCUACAUGAUCGCUGCGCAAAGAAAGAGGCGCGUAUCACUGAACUGAAACACGAAAUUGAACCUGCAAUGAAAGGAUACAGGAAAGCACUGGAAGUUGGGACAAAUAUCAUAGGAAUGAAAGAAAAACAGAUGUUAAAGAUGGUUGAACCAGAAGCAGACUACGAGCAAACUGUUCAAGAAGCCAGGUGGGAGACUUAUGAUGGCGAAAGCAAGAAAUAUUUAAAAACCAUCAUUCGGGACAAGGAAAAAGCCAUCCAAGAACUCGUGAGUCAACAUGAAAAAACCUUUCAAGACCUGACAAACAAGAUUUACAAAGUAAUGAGUGAAAGAGAUGAGUUGAAGGAUGAAAACUCCAGGCUAAAAUCCAUAUCAAGGGCAGAAGAGUUUGAAAGGAAGAAGAAGAAGCUUGAAGCACAAGUAGUUAGGCUAGAAAAAGCUUUAAAAGAAGCUCUUAUUAAGCACGAAGAAAAAGACAGAGUUAACCAAAGUAUAAUUUCGUCGUUGCAGAAGAAGUUACACGAGACCAAAACAAAACACGAUGAAGAUUCAAGGCUUUUAUACGAGACACAACGAUCUUUCGAAGAGCUGAAAACUUCUUCAAGCAGCACGAUGGAAGAGCAAGAAAAUGAGAUUCUGACAUUGAAAGCUUCUGUUGAUGCCUUUCAGAAUCUUCUAAUGAGAGUGACUGAAGAAACAAGUGAAGCGAGUCAGAGACAGAAUCGUCCAACUCCUGCUGAUCAUGAUUUCAUGAAAGCAGCACUGAAAGAAGCUGUGGACGCUAGGGAAGACGAAACAAGACGACAUCUGCAAACACAAGCCAAGCUGGAUGAAGCUAAUGAAAGAAUGAAAAAAAUCGACUCCAUAUUUAAGGGGACGACUCCUGAGAAUAUGAUAGAAAACAUGAAAAAGCAGUUAGAAUCACUUCAAAAUGAAAAUUAUAAAUUAAAAAGUCAUCUCCAGCGGAAGCAAGAAAGUGGAUCGAUUCUGAUCCAAGUUAGUGAAUUGCAAACCAAGCUUGCGCAACGGGAUCGCGAAUUAAAACAACUAAAAGAAGAAGGUAUCAGGCAAAGAGAAGAGAAGAAUAGAUUGUUAACACAACUGGCGGAACUAUCUCGAGAUAGGCCGGCCGCUGGACAAGGCAAAAUAGUGGAGUUUACCCACGAAGAUAGUAGUGGAGGAAACCUCUCACUUGCAGAAAGAUGCACAAGGCAGUGGAAAGAGGAUACCGAGUUAGAACAGCAAGAACUCGAUGAAUUGCGCGGGAAAACGUCUGCAUUUCAAUCACCAACCGACUAUAAGAAUAUAAUAAGACUCAGAAAAGAUGUAAAUGAUAUUAAAAGUGCGUUUGAGGGCUUCAUAAGAACGCAAAGCCGUGACAGAAAUAUUGAACAAGACGAAUUCAAACAAAAACUCGAGUUGAAGGCCAAGAGAGACAUGGAAAAGCAGGAAUCGUUUUACAAACAGAUUAUUGAGACUAAGGAAAAGGCAUAUGCUGAGGUCCUGAAGGAGAAAGAUAUUAUGAUACAGAUACUGAACGAAUCCAAGAAUCUUGACCAAUCAAAGAUGGUGUCAGAAGCUGUUGGGACAAUCAUUAAAGAUGUUAUUGAAAGAGGUGUGAGUAGAAAGAUGGAGGACUUGAGGAAGAGCAUUGAAAUGAUCUCAAGACCUCCACAGAGCGAAAUAAUUCAUGAAGUUAUAUCAGAUUUAUUAAAAAUGAAUCAAAAAGCUACCAACCGGUUAGAGGAUUGCACUGAGCGAGCUUGGGUCAACGUCAAGGAAGAUAUCGAUGAGCUGAAAGAUUUUACUUUCAAAAUGACAGACGCCAUCGAGAAACAUUUUUACUCCACUCAUGAACAUCUUUUGAACAGCUCUAUCGAGGAAGUCAUCAAACAUGUAAAGAAUGAAAGUAAAGGUGUUAGGAAAUCCUUCCUUGAUGGUAUGCAAGCACAUUAUGAAAGACUUGUUGAGGAAAUAAAAAAACAAGGGACCUCAGGCCUGGCGAGAUACGACCGACUACAGUCCACCAUAGAUGGGCAGAAUAGGUCUAAUAUGAGAGAAUUCCAUCAGGCCAGAAGAGACGUUCUCCUCGCUGCUGAAGCUGUAUCUAACAGUGCUGAAGAGUUGUACCAGAUCAAGAAAACUUUGACUCAAGAGUUUUUACCUACAGAGGCAGGACAAAUGGUGAAGAAGGAAGACGAAGCUACACAAGCAGCGAAAAAAUUGAAUAAUCCAUUUGAAGGUGGUAAAACCUUAGAACAGCUUGCAGAAGAUUAUCCCAGUAAAGCAAGUACCUCAUCGACCGAGGAACAACAUAAGGGUCUGUCAGUAACAGGCAAGACAACGUACAGUCUAAAUACAACAGCAGAGCUUGCCAACCUAGAAGGAGCCAUAUUGAGUGAUUCAUUCUCAAGUAUGAAUGGAGAAGACCCGAGACAUACUUAUCAACAUACUCCUCUGUUCCACACUCCACCAUCAAGAGACAGUGACGGUCUGUCAUUGAGGGAGCGACUACAACAAAGAAAGAAAGCAAGAUCUGCGAGGACCAGUACUGAGGGAGUUUCUCCUUCUGAACCUUACACAACAAAGAUAGCGCCCUUCUGGUCACGUGAUAAACCAUCCUCAGCCAAAUAAUAUAUUACUAAAUAACCCUGGAAUAAGAAAAUCCCUUCAACUUUUUUCUUUCGUUCUCUCCU